UUUUAAAAUAAUAAAUUCGGUGUGAUGUGAAUCGUGAAUCGUGAUAUAUUCCGCAAACAGAAGUGAAAAUGACUCCGAUGUGUUUGUUUCCAGAUUACUCGUUUAUUGUGAAUUUUUCUUCAUGGUUUCAUCACCUCAAACCAUAAGGUACAGACAGCCGAGUACAGAAUUGUUGAAAUAACAGAUAUUAUUCCGUCAGUCAGAUGGCAAGGAAAUGAUAAGGAUAAUUUAUGAAGAGAUGCGAAAUUUCGAUAACAUUACGUACUUAGAAAUGACUGCUGUCGCUGAAGUGAAAUCGUCAUGGAUACAGAAGCGAUAUUUGAUCGCUUUCUUGGCGUUUUUUGGAUACGUCAAUAUGUACUGUUUACGUACCAAUUUGAGUAUGGCGAUGGUAGAGAUGACCAGUAACCGGACAAUUGAGUUUGAAAAUGGGACCAAAGCAGAUAUUGUAGAAUUCAAAUGGAACUCUCAAAAGAAAAGUCUAGCAUUGAGCUCGUUCUCAUUCGGGUACAUUUUCACGGUACUGGGAGGCAUGACAGCCACCAAAUACGGAGGUGUCACUGUAUUCGGAGCCGGAGUCGGAUUGACCGGAUUGAUCACCCUGUUUACUCCUAUGUUGCUGCAUUUUGAUUUUAAACUGUUCUUGUUGUUCAGAGCUCUGGAAGGAUGGUGUGAAGCUGCUGCGUUCGCCAGUAUGCCUGAAAUAUGGUCCAAAUGGUCUCCUCCUGCGGAACGGUCCAGAUUGGUGUCGUAUAGUUUUACUGGUGUGUAUUUUGGUCUCACUGUGUCCUAUCCUAUCGCCGGAUUCGUGGCUAAAGCUUGGGGAUGGCCGGCUAUAUUCUACGUGACUGGAGGUGCUGCGUUGGUGUGGUGGAUGAUUUGGUUGUUUUUCGUUUACAACGAACCAUCCCAGGAUAAAAGUUUAUCCCCAGCUGAGCUAAAAUACUUGAUGGAAAAUAUUAAAAAUGAAAAAAAAGAUAAAAUUGUUUACCCUUGGAAACGUAUGCUGACCUCGGUGCCCCUAUGGACCCUUUGCGUGGUAGAAUUCGUAUUCAGCCUCGGAUAUACCGUUGUAAUCCUAUAUUUACCAUUGUACAUCAAAGAUAUCAAUAACAUCGAUAUAAAUAAAAUUGGCAUGGUUUCCGCUCUACCCCAUCUCUUCGCUGUGAUCUCUCAUCCUAUAGCUGGAUACCUUGGGGAUGUGUUGAAAAAUAGGAAGAUUUUGACCGGAACUCGGAUCCAUAAAUUAUACAUUUGCGUCGGGUUCGCUGUGGGAGCUGCUUUACUCAAUUUGGUCGCAUUUUGGCGCAAUUUCGUCGGCAUUGUUAUGGGUUUGGCGUUGUACAGGUUGUUCACCAGUUUCAGCGAUGUGGCUUUUCACGUAAACGUGAUUGAUUUAUCGCCUAAAUACGCCAGCGUUCUUUUUGGCAUCACGACGACGUUUUUCACAUUAGGAGCUGUAGCCAGCCCAUUUUUCAUUGGGUCUGUGGUCAAGACUCAUAGCCAAUUCGAAUGGAAUGUCUGUUUUGUCUCGUUCAGCUUUAUAUAUAUUGUGGGUGCUGUUUUGUACGCUUUCUUCGCCUCUGGAGAAACCCAACCAUGGAACGAAGACCCUCCCAAGGAUACGCAGAAAAAAUCUACUCUCAAUAACGAAUAAUAUUUUUUCGAAGGGAAAAAAGUUCUUAGGUAUACCUGCCUAUCUUAUCUCGAGAUUUUUUCCUCGUCUUUUUCUCUCGUUCGCGUUCGUUGAAAUAUUCACGUUUAAUGAAUUUCAAUUACCUGCGGUUAAAAAUUAAUCUGUGUUGAUUUAAAAAAUGAUUGCGAUUUUUUAUUCGUCGAGUAUAUGAAGGUACCUAUUAAUUUAAUACGAACGAACGAGAUUUCCUUUAAAUAUCACGAUCUCAAAGCUUUAAUAUUUUUUAAUUAAAUUGAUUCUUGCAUAGGUAGUUAGAUAUAAAAAUAAUUAUGUGUACAUAAUAUCUAUCUACCGAUUAGAGAUACAAAGAACCUUAAUGAUACUGUGUGAAUGUAUGACAAAGAUUCUUCUUUUAAAUUAUUUUACGGUAACUCGAGCUGGACGACAAUUCACUUGGAUUUGUCACUCAUUAUUGAGAUAUGGAUAGAUGUUUCACUGUUUCAGCUGUGUUUAUUAAGAUUGGAUUUUGAUCUGAUGUAAUUCAGAAUGUUUUAUGCGCCGGUGUGCGUUUGUGAUUUUGUUUCCUUACUCUAACGUUUGGACGCUUUCUUAUCUUUUUAAAUAAUUAUCUAAUAAAUCGCAAUGUACUCGUACGUAAGUAAUUAGUAUUUUUACAGAUGAUUAAGUACAUAUGUAAGAUGAUCGAAUUAUUAAGAAAUCGACUGCUGAAGUGAUAUGUGUGUGAGAUAUUUUUUCAAUAUUACAAUUAAUUUUUUUCAACGA